ACGUGACGCCGGCUGAGGAGAUUGGAGCGGCGGCGACGCGAGGCGGCAGACUGGUGCAGCGCCUUGCGCUCGCGGCGGAACUUCUUCUCGUCUGCCUCCUCCUGGGAUCCUUGACGACGCCUGCUCUGCCCGGCUCGUCGACGCCGCAGCCGUCACAUCUCCGCCGCCGGGGUGCCCCAAGGAGGAGACGACGCAGCUGGGCCUCGCUGUUAAAGGGGUCCCCGGCUGCCGCUUGCCCCCUCGGCCGUCUCCUGUGGGGUCAGCCCUGCCGCGGGGGUCCCCGCAUUAUCCUCCAGCCGCCAGCGUCCGCUUGUCGCCGCGAUGGGACUCCUGGACUCGGAGCCGGGCAGUGUCCUGAACGUGGUGUCCACGGCUCUCAAUGACACCGUGGAGUUCUACCGCUGGACCUGGUCCAUCGCAGAUAAACGUGUGGAAAAUUGGCCUCUGAUGCAAUCUCCAUGGCCUACAAUAAGCAUAAGUACUCUUUAUCUCCUGUUUGUGUGGCUGGGUCCAAAAUGGAUGAAGGACCGAGAACCCUUUCAGAUGCGCUUUGUGCUCAUUUUCUAUAAUUUUGGGAUGGUUUUGCUUAACCUUUUUAUCUUCAGAGAGUUAUUCAUGGGAUCAUAUAAUGCAGGAUAUAGCUAUAUUUGCCAGAGUGUGGAUUAUUCUAAUAAUGUUAAUGAAGUCAGGAUAGCUGCUGCUCUGUGGUGGUACUUUGUAUCUAAAGGAGUUGAGUAUUUGGACACAGUGUUUUUUAUCCUAAGAAAGAAGAACAACCAAGUUUCUUUCCUUCAUGUAUAUCAUCACUGUACAAUGUUUACAUUGUGGUGGAUUGGUAUUAAGUGGGUUGCAGGGGGACAAGCAUUUUUUGGAGCCCAGUUGAAUUCCUUUAUCCACGUGAUUAUGUACUCAUACUAUGGGUUAACUGCAUUUGGCCCAUGGAUCCAGAAGUAUCUCUGGUGGAAACGAUACCUAACCAUGUUGCAGCUGGUUCAGUUUCAUGUGACCAUUGGGCACACAGCACUGUCUCUUUACACUGACUGCCCCUUCCCCAAAUGGAUGCACUGGGCUCUCAUUGUCUACGCCAUCAGCUUCAUAUGUCUGUUUCUUAACUUCUAUGUUCGGACGUACAACCAACCUAAGAAACAAAAAACUGGAAAAACAGCCAUGAAUGGUAUUUCAGCAAAUGGUGUGAACAAAUCAGAAAAGCAGCUAGUGAUAGAAAAUGGAAAAAAGCAGAAAAAUGGAAAAGCAAAAGGAGAGUAAAUUGAACUGGGCCUUAACUGUUAUUGACAGUGAGGAAACUCCCAUGUCAUAUAAAAUUUCAGGGAAAACAGAGGCUAAUGAGAGCUUAGGGAUGGGGAGAAAAGGCAAAUGUGCUCUAUGUACUAGUAAACUUUAUACUGAGUAAAGUGUUAAGUGUAAUACCCACAUGUUUUAUUUAUAAAGUUUUUAUUUUAAACAUUUUUUAAAAAUUAGCCUUGAUGUUGUCCAGACCAAAGCAAUCAUUAUGUGACUUUGGAAACUCUCCCUCUGUCCACACCCACUUGUCCAAUGGAUGAGAUUUUUUCAUUUAUCUUAUAUUCACUCAUUUUUCAGUCUGAAUUUUAGACGAUCACAGAAACACAGUCUAUAUUGAUUUUUUUGGGUAAAUUACUCAUUACCUACUGAUUAAAAUCAGUUACUUUACAUUUUCUUGUCCAAAGCUGGAAAUGUGGAUACAUUUAAAUUUGCAUAUUAGAAUUCAUUUGCUGACCAGAAUAGUCGAAUCUCUCCACCUCUAGUCAGAAUAUACCCUUUUGUUUGUAAUUUAAUUUAAAAAAUCUGCUGAUAUCUGUAGAAUCUUAGAGGCUUGACGAUGGUGGUGUUGGUGAAAAUAAGAAAGAAUUGUAGUAAAAUCCUGUCUGAUGACUCAAAGGUCAUCAUGACUCUUGGCACAAAUCACUGUGGGAAACAAUUUUUGUGAUGAAAAGGCAGCCUUUGAAUACUCCUGUUACUAGCAGAAAUAUAUUAUGAAACUAUUAUUAUCUGAUUAAAACAUGAAACAACUCAUGUCUUUAUUAGUAACAUAAAAUAGUUACAUUUAUUUGCUAUUAGAAGAGUAUGUUCAUUUCUGUCAAUCUUCCUUAUUUUGAUUUGUGGCUGUUACUGAUUUUUCAUAUGUGGAAAUAUACCUACCUCUUCUGUUGGAAAGAACAUUUAAAAUUAAAUAAAUUUUAAUUAAAAAUAUCAAGGAGUCUUCUAACAUAAAUUUUAAUAUUAACUUUUGAAUCUACUAGUAUUUUUUGCUUUUUUACAAAUAGCAUACACUAAACAUUUCUGUGAAACUAUCCUUCUCUUUCAAUGUGUUUAAUUUUGGAAUGAUAUUUUCCUUGUGACUAAGUUGCAAGAUCUUAUUUAUUAACUAGAUAUGAAGUGUAAACCCAUUUUGGUGCAAUAUUCUUGACUCCUUGGUGCUAAAGAUCAUUAAAUUCAGUGCUUGAUGUUACAAGGUAUUAAUUUAAAAGACAAUAAAAGUGAGAGCAGUCAGAACCAUAAAAUUAAAUUUGCUAUUUAGAAAUGAAGUAUUUCAUGUGAUAUAAAUAAGCAACUAGACAAAAUAGGAAAGAGAAUUUGUACUAUGUUUUAUUACAUAGGUUAAUUUGUUAGGGGGAUUGGGACAAAAAGAGCAUGAAUAUUUCUAAGUAUCUCAACAUGUCCAAACUGCAUGUGUAGGAUGUAUGCUCUUUAUACCGACAAACUAUUUCAGAAUAUUUGUAAACUAGAAGAUAUUGUUCAUUAGAAUUACAUACCUUUUCCCCAAAGGCAUGCAGCCAUGAGAAUUACAGAAAAUUUGCAACACAUAUAGUAGUUUGGUCAAAGAGGAUUCAGCACCUUUGUUUUUGCUGCUCAGUGUGUAAUGGCUAGAGAUUUGUAAAUCUUUGUGAAAUUCUGUACUGGUUCCGCAGAACUAUUCAUUCCCUGCUACCUGAUUUCAGCACAAUAAAAAUACUAUUGUUGUGGGAAAAA